AUGUCCCCAAUCUACGCAUACCUAACGAAUGGCACCCUUCCCCCAUACAAGUAUGAAGCACGGAAGCUACGCUACCGAUCGGCAAGGUACACGGUCAUCAACGAUGUCCUGUACAAGUGCGGUUACACCACGCCGUAUCUAAAAUGCCUCACCGCUGAACAAAGGGACUACGUCCUUCGAGAGAUCCAUAGUGGCGUAUGUGGUGAUCACUCGGGAUCCCGAUCCCUCACACAUAAAACCUUCCGCCAGGGCUACUACUGGCCGACGAUGCGUCGGGAUGCAAACACGCUGGUGAAGAAGUGCGAUAAAUGUCAAUGGUUCGAGGCCGAAGCUCUGGCAACCAUAACGGCAGCCAGGAUGGAAGACUUCAUCUGGAAUCACAUUUGCUGCCUAUUCGGUAUUCCCUAUGUGAUCAGCAUCGAUAAUGACAGACAGUUUGAUUCGGAAGUCUUUAGGCAGUUUUGUACUCGCCUCAAGAUCAAUCUGUUCCUUGCUUUGCCAACUCACCCACAGUCGAACGGUCAGGUCGAAGCAAUAAACAAAAUCAUCAAGAAGCUACUUAAACGGCAGCUUGACAAAGCCAAAGGAGUUUGGCCAGAGAAGCUUCCAGAAGCACUUUGGGCCAUUCGGACAUCCUACCGAAAGGCAACCGGUGAAACCCCUUUCUCUCUCACCUUCGGAUCGGAAGCGGUAGUCCCUGUAGAAAUCGGCGAGCCCUUUUACUGA